AUAUCCUAGUCCCCUUCGAAUUGUCUCCUGUACUUAAACCCAACCCCCAGCCCCCCUCCCCCUUCUCUCUCUCUCGCUCUCCAUCCCCACCUUCGUUUCCCUGUCGCGACUCCGCCAACCAAGAGGGAUUGAGAAGCGAUCACCCACUUCGAAGCUGGGAGAAAUAAUGGCAGCUUCAACAGUAUGCCUGACUACAAGACCAAGAUUUACAAAGGAGAUUUUUGGAAGUCAUCUCACUUGUUCGGCAGGCCUUCCUUCACUCUCUGUUUUAUCUAAGCGAAUCUCCAUUUCUGCCUCUUUGGACCAGAAGCAGCGUGAAGGAAGAAGAGGAUUUCUUAAGUUGCUCCUUGGAAAUGUUGGAUUAAGCUUGACUACCAUAGUAGGUGCAAGGAAAGCUUAUGCUGAUGACCAAGGUGUAUCAUCUUCAAGAAUGUCAUACUCGAGGUUCUUAGAGUAUCUAGACAAGGAUAGGGUGAAAAAAGUUGACUUGUUUGAGAAUGGAACUAUUGCAAUUGUAGAGGCUGUUUCUCCUGAGCUUGGUAAUCGGAUCCAGAGAGUCCGUGUGCAACUUCCGGGUCUCAGUCAGGAGCUUCUUCAGAAAUUGCGAGAGAAGAGCAUUGACUUUGCAGCACAUAAUGCUCAGGAGGACUCUGGAUCUCUUUUGUUCAAUUUGAUUGGGAACUUAGCUUUCCCCCUUAUCCUUAUAGGAGGCUUGUUUCUUUUGUCAAGACGGUCAUCAGGUGGACUCGGUGGACCCGGAGGCCCUGGCUUUCCCCUUGCCUUUGGCCAAUCAAAAGCCAAGUUCCAGAUGGAACCUAACACAGGGGUCACUUUUGAUGAUGUUGCUGGAGUAGAUGAAGCAAAACAAGACUUCAUGGAAGUAGUCGAGUUCCUGAAAAAGCCAGAAAGAUUUACUGCAGUGGGUGCCCGUAUCCCUAAAGGUGUCCUUCUUGUUGGUCCUCCAGGAACUGGGAAGACCUUGCUUGCUAAGGCAAUUGCUGGUGAGGCAGGUGUCCCAUUUUUCUCAAUUUCCGGAUCUGAAUUUGUAGAAAUGUUUGUUGGUGUUGGUGCUUCUCGAGUUCGUGAUCUUUUCAAGAAGGCCAAAGAGAAUGCUCCUUGCAUUGUGUUUGUUGAUGAGAUUGAUGCUGUUGGAAGGCAAAGAGGAACAGGAAUCGGAGGAGGAAAUGAUGAAAGGGAACAGACUCUUAAUCAGCUUUUGACCGAGAUGGAUGGCUUUGAAGGCAAUACAGGUAUAAUUGUGAUCGCAGCAACCAACCGCGCAGACAUUCUAGAUUCUGCUUUGCUUCGACCUGGGCGAUUUGACAGACAGGUUACAGUAGAUAUUCCAGAUAUUAGGGGACGCACAGAAAUACUGAAAGUGCAUGCUGGCAAUAAAAAGUUUGAGAGUGAUGUUUCACUUGAUGUUAUAGCAAUGAGGACUCCUGGUUUUAGCGGAGCAGAUCUUGCAAAUCUUUUGAAUGAAGCAGCCAUACUGGCUGGGCGCCGUGGUAAGACAGCAAUAUCAUCGAAAGAGAUAGAUGAUUCUAUUGACAGGAUUGUGGCUGGAAUGGAGGGAACAGUAAUGACAGAUGGAAAAAGCAAAAGUCUGGUUGCAUAUCAUGAAGUCGGACAUGCAAUUUGCGGAACAUUAAUUCCAGGACAUGAUCCUGUGCAAAAGGUCACCCUCAUUCCACGUGGCCAAGCACGUGGACUGACAUGGUUCAUCCCCAUGGAUGAUCCUACGUUGAUUUCAAAGCAACAACUUUUUGCAAGAAUUGUUGGUGGCCUUGGAGGUAGAGCUGCUGAGGAGGUUAUCUUCGGGGAAUCUGAGGUGACCACUGGUGCAGCUGGUGACCUGCAGCAGAUUACUGGCUUGGCCAAACAGAUGGUGGUGACAUUUGGUAUGUCUGAUAUCGGUCCAUGGUCACUAAUGGAUUCAUCAGCACAAAGUGGUGAUGUUAUUAUGAGAAUGAUGGCCAGAAACUCAAUGUCUGAGAAACUUGCUGAAGACAUAGAUGCUGCUGUGAAGCAGAUCUCAGACAAGGCGUAUGAGAUUGCGCUGAGUCACAUUAGAAACAACCGGGAAGCCAUGGAUAAGAUUGUCGAGGUACUCCUAGAGAAGGAAACAAUGACUGGUGAUGAAUUCCGAGCAAUUCUUUCAGAGUUUGUGGAGAUUCCUGUCGAGAACAGGGUUCCUCCAGCCAGACCAGCUGCUGUCCUGGCUUAACAUCUUCUUGUCAUCAACUCUUUUAUGUGCGAAGCCCUUCAUGGGUGAGCAUGUCAUGUACAAUCUGUAUAACCUCCUGUUGAUCCACAGCAGUUGAAUUAUAGCUGACUGUGAUAUCUUCAAACAAUCUUUGCUGUUCUUUUGAAACAAUUUUCACAACAGUUGAGGUUGCCACAGAAUAUUAAUCAAGGUGUAGUGUUAUGUACAAUCUAAUAUAACAUGUUUAAUCAUUACUGAA